AUGACGGCAUCCAAAGAAGGAACGGCUUUGGUUGUGACACGUCACGAUUCUCCCGCCACCACACCAGAGCCUUGGCUUCAUCUCCUUCCUCCUCUAGUCUUCUUCUGUGUCCCCAACAAUCUCCUCGCGCACUCAGACAACAACGAAAUGGCUUGUUUUCGUUCGACAGGGUCUUUAGCUUCUCUCGCUCAUUCUCCUCGAGAUGUCUCACACUCAGGCAUUGUCAUAUCUUCAUGCUCUGUUCUUCCCAUCACGCGGUCCUCUUUCACUGGCUCUACCGUUUCCUUCCAACGGGCUCAACCACUUUCACGAACAGCUCUAAAACCGAGGAACCUCGUCUCGAUCACGAUGAUGGUGAAGCCGACGCUACAAUUCAUCCAAGGGACGGAUGAGAUGACGAUCCCCGACGUCAAGCUGACUCGUUCUAGGGACGGAAGCAACGGGAUGGCACUCUUCUCUUUCGACCAGCCGUCGGUUUUCGACUCGAGCGGCGAGGUCGGGGAGAUAACGGGGCUGUACAUGAUCGACGAGGAAGGCGUGAUCCAGUCGACGGACGUGAACGCGAGGUUCGUGAACGGGAAACCGGAAGGGAUCGUGGCCAAGCACGUGAUGCGGACUCCCAAAGAAUGGGACAGGUUCAUGAGGUUUAUGGAGCGUUACUCUGACCAGAACGGCUUGCAGUUCGUUAAGAAGCAAUGAGGUGUCACUUAAUUUUCUAUGAGCAUAUAAAAAAUGUAUUGUUUACAUUUAUUUCUAACUCUUUUGGUUUAUAAUCUUUUUACUCUCAUAGUUUUGAUCUUCACUUGAGUUUCAAUUCUUCAAUGAUUCACGUUCGAUCUUUUCUGAUUAAGUUUGAGUUUAAUUUAGAGAAAUUCAUGAUGUAACGAAGGUAUGAACAAAAU